AGAGAUGGAAGUACAUAAUUUUCACUGUCUUAAAUGAGUAAAGAAUAUUAUAUAUUGUUAGCCUUUCGUUUUUUUUGCCCAAUAUUUAUUGUUGGUUAAGAUUCACAUGGUAUCUGUAAAGAUUAGAAUUACAGUAGAUGAAGCAAAGAUUCUAGUAGUUUUAAUGAUUCUAUUUUGCUUCUUUUUGCUUCUUCCAACAGCAUGAAAUCAGUGAUCGAGCGGUAUAACAACUCGAAGGAGGAACAACAGCAGUGGCUGGAUCCAGCAUCAGAAGUCAAGGUAAAGGCUCUGAACCACUCUUUUCUUUUCCCUGCAAUCUCAUUCUUACUGUAAUUUACUGUUACAUUUAAGAAUCAGCAUGCUGAAAAAUUCACAUACAUCAAAAUUGCAUCGUGAAUUUUUACAUUAAUCAGGUCUAUUUGCUAGCAGAGGCAUUUAACAUCAUCAAGGAGAAAACCUAGUCUUCCAUAAGCUAGUUCAAUGAUAAAAAUGAUCAAUGUGCUAUGCAAAUUAUGAAGCUAAAAUGUUAAAUAUGCCAUACAAACAAAAUUUUCACUCCACUUUUACUAUAUUUGCCUCUGCAUUUCUCAUUUAUGAUUUUAUUUGCUGCAGUAGACUAACUGCAUCAUAUACAUCACUCACUUCCCAUAUUCCAAAUUCCAACCCUAGAUAAUGCAUUCCAUUCUCAUUUCAUUUAACGAACAAAGUUAAUAAUAUCGUGAAAAAGCUAACAGGACAAAUUAAAAAUCCCAUAAGGUCUAAAUAAUACCUUUAACCUCUAGAAACCUGAUUAUAUGACAGCACCCAACAUCUAGAAUGAGAAAUAAUCCCAUUAGAAUAUAGGCAGUUCUCACAUGCCUAUAUAGUAUAAACCCAGCCACACAAAGCAGAAGAGAAGAAGCAUGCUUAUAACUACCAUAACUCUACACGGCUAAGAAAGAAAUGCUUGUAUACUUUGAUAUCAAGCAAUUCAGAUUAGUUUCUGAUGCAUGAUAUGCGGGGCUUCUAAAAAGCUGAGGAAAUUUGUCUUAUUAUAUAUUUAUGCAUUAACUGCUAAAAGCACCCUUUUAACCUUCCUGUCCAAAUGAAGUGAAGAAGCUAAUAAUAACUGCAGUUUCAUAUAAAUUUAAAGUUCUUUCAUUUCCUUUUUCCCUGCUGGCUAGUUUUGGCAAAGGGAGGCUGCAAUCUUGAGACAACAGCUACAGAACUUGCAGGAAAACCAUCGGUAAGAUCUUUUAUCCUAAUCCUUUUUUUUUUUUUACCUUACAUCCUGAUCUUAUAGCUCCAUAAAUACACAGAUUUUAUUGUCCUAUGACAAAAUUUUAUAGGAAAAAUUUAGCUAUUAGAUACUAGGCAGAAUCAUUUCGGUCAAUCAGAUACACGGAAAUACUGCAUUAAGGAAAAGAACAGAUAUUUUUAUAUGAAAAACUUAGCUAUUAGAUGGUAGGCAGGAUCAUUUCAGUUAUUCUGGUACAAGGAAAUUCUGCAUUAGGGAAAAGAAUAGAUGUUUUUGUAUCAGCAGUAAACAAUAAAUGUUGAUAUUAGAAAAAGGUAUUAACCUUCCAAAAAUGGUAC